AUGGAAAAGCCCAAGACUGCCGUUAUCGUUGGAGCCGGUGCUGGAGGCAUUGCGAGUGCAGCACGCCUUGCAAAGGCGGGCUUUCGUGUCACUGUUGUUGAGAAAAACGACUUCACUGGUGGACGGUGUAGCCUCAUCCGCCGAGACGGCCACCGGUUCGACCAAGGCCCCUCACUACUCCUCCUUCCCGACCUCUUUCGCGAAGCGUUCAUCGACCUAGACACGUCGCUCGAAGCAGAGGGGGUUGAAUUGCUCAAAUGCGAGCCCAAUUACAACGUGUGGUUUGGUGAUGGAGAGUGCAUCGAACUAUCGACCGAUGUGGCUGCCAUGAAAAAGACCAUCGAAAAGUGGGAGGGCAAGGAUGGCUUCGAGAGAUAUCUGCAAUGGAUGCAAGAGGCCCAUGUUCACUAUGAGGCCAGCGUUGUCCAUGUUUUGAGAAAGAACUUCACAAGUCUUCUGCAUCUGGCAAGACCCAGCUUCCUGCCAUAUCUGCUGGCUCUCCACCCGUUUGAAAGCAUCUGGCGUCGCGCGUCCACAUACUUCAUGACCGAGAGACUACGGCGGGCAUUCACAUUCGGAAGCAUGUACAUGGGCAUGAGUCCGUUCGAAGCACCAGGUACUUACAGCUUACUUCAGUACACGGAGCUCGCAGAGGGUAUCUGGUAUCCUCGAGGCGGCUUUCAUAAAGUCCUUGACGCUCUGGUCCAAAUAGGCAAACGAUUAGGCGUGCAGUACAGGCUCUCAACUCCAGUAUCGCAUGUAAACGUCGAUCGAUAUUCUGGUCGCGCCACUGGAGUGACGCUGGCGUCGGGGGAAAUUCUCAAUGCCGAUGUCGUUCUGGUCAAUGCCGAUCUCGUCUACGCUUACAAUGAGCUCCUCCCACCAUCACAGAAAGCAAAGUCCCUCUCAAAGAAGCAAGCUUCCUGUUCCAGCAUAUCAUUUUACUGGUCCAUGGACAAAAUUAUCCCCGAGUUACAUACGCACAAUGUUUUCUUGGCCGACGAAUACCAAGACAGUUUCGACGACAUCUUCAAACGACAAUUGAUACCCAAAGAGCCGUCCUUUUACGUCAACGUUCCUUCGCGAGUUGAUCCCAGUGCGGCCCCUAGCGGCCGAGACACCGUCGUUGUUCUCGUACCUUGCGGGCAUUUACUAGAGAACCAGGCCGAUCGCGGAUUAAAUCCACAACAUGCACAAGACUGGCAGGCAAUGGUGUCAAAGGCACGAAAUGCCGUGAUUGAAACAGUACGUCUGAGGACCGGAGCCGAUCUGGCAUCUCACAUUGUCGACGAGGUAAUCAAUACGCCCGCUUCGUGGAAACAGAGCUUCAAUCUCGACAAAGGUGCUAUAUUGGGACUGAGUCAUUCCUUCUUCAAUGUCCUCAGCUUCAGACCACGCACGAAGCACGAUCAGAUCAAAAGCCUCUACUUCGUUGGCGCCAGUACUCAUCCCGGGACUGGGGUUCCGAUCGUCCUCGCCGGUAGCAAAAUCACAACCGGUCAGAUUCUUGACGACUUAGGCAUGGUCAAGCCUUGGUCCCCUGGGGGUCAUGAAAAGAGGAUAGUCAGCAAUCUAGAUGUGGUGGCGAGGCCUCCAAUCCCCCUUGGACCUCUAGUGGUGUUGUUCCUCAUGGUCUGUUGGGCAGUCACAUUGCCUUAUGUCUUGAGGUAUAUCCGUGCAUGA